CAGAUGCUUGAUUUGACCUUCCUGGAGUUUCUGCAAAGCCACUCACGAGCUGGGUCCCUCGAGUAGUGCUUUGCGGGGGCUGCGGUCUUCGGGGCAGUUAGGCCGCUCGGCGCAGCAUUUACUCAGCAGAUGCUUGUGCUCGUCCUGACCCUCCGUUGCAUAGCCUGUUGUCCCAGCGGCCGGAGGGGAUCGUUAGAGUGGCUUUCUCGGCCAACGCCAGGGCGUACUCAAGCUACCGCGAGCCUUCACUUCCCUUUCUUGGUGGAGGCCGGCACAGGGAAAUGAGGGCGAGCUGCCCGUCUCCUGUUGACAGUGGUGCCCUCGCGGUCCAGGGAUGUACAUGCAGGUGGAGUCACGCACCAGCUCCUGCCUCCAUCUGAAGAGGGCUCCAGGCAUCAGGUCCUGGUCUCUGCUUGUUGGAAUCUUGUCUAUUGGCCUGGCUGCCGCCUACUACAGUGGAGAUAGUCUGGGCUGGAAACUCUUCUACGUUACUGGCUGCCUGUUCGUGGCCGUGCAGAACCUGGAGGACUGGGAGGAAGCUGUCUUCAACAAGGGCACCGGGAAGGUUGUGCUGAAGACGUUCAGCUUGUAUAAGAAGCUGCUGACUCUUUUCCGAGCUGGUCACGACCAAGUGGUGGUCCUACUGAAUGACAUCCGGGACGUGAACGUGGAGGAGGAGAAGGUCCGCUAUUUCGGGAAGGGCUACGUGGUGGUGCUGCGGCUUGUGACGGGCUUUUCCCACCCCCUCACCCAGAGUGCCAUCAUGGGUCACCGCAGUGACGUGGAAGCCAUUGCCAAGCUUAUUGCAACCUUCCUGGAACUGCACCGCCUUGAGAGCCCCGUGGAGCUGUCUCAGAGCAGUGACAGUGAGGCUGAUGGUCCCGGGAGCCAGAGCUGACGCCCGCAGAGCCCCUGGCCUUGGUUCUGGUGGCACCCUCGUGGGCCUCCUGGGCCACCAGCAAGUCUUCCUCCAGCGCCUGGCUGUGUCCCUGGCAGCCCCGGGGUGGGACCCUCAGCCAUUCCUGCUGCUUGCUUCUGUCCUCUGAGGACGCCACAGGCUGGACUUCCUCUGCGGGCUUUGAGGUGUCCGGGGAGGGCAUGAGCCUCAGAUCUGCCUCUUCCUGGCAUCGGACGGCUCCAGCCUGGGCAGCGUGGGGACCGGGUCUCUGGAAUGGGAAGGAUGCCCAGGCUCCCCAGGGUGGGGAGGAAGGUUUGCCAGCACUGGCUCCCCCCGAGCUGUUCAACCCCCCGGUGCAGCAGGUGAGCACAGGGCCAGCAGCUGGGUCAGGCUCUGAGGAUGCCCAUGCUGGCGUGUUGUCCCCAGGAAUCCCAGUGCUCCCUACACACAACCUCCCUUCCCCGGCUGGAUGUCCUCAUUGGUUAGAGAGGUCCUUCCUUGCCCAGGGUCUGCAGGGCCCAGGGCAGAUGGCGAGGGUCCUGUCUGGCUGUGUGCACUGUGGCCACGCCUGAGACCUCCCCAGCCCACAGACAGCAGUCUCCACCCAGGAUCACGGCUGGGCUGUCACAGGGCAGAGAAGACCUCAGCCUAGGCGAAGCCUGCUGGUCAAGAGGAGGCUCUCCUGGCUUCACGGUAGGCCUAAGCCAGGGCAUCUCCCUUAAGAAUCAGGUCCUAGCUUCUUGAACCCAGGCAAGAGGUGGGCUGGGCCCACAGCUGCCCCUCAGUGGGGCCCAGGGCCGCAGGGCGGCGAGGGCACCUCUGAGCAGGCCCUCAGGAGGCUGUGUCUAGGAAUGGUCAGGACACAGAGCACUGCAGUGUCCCCAGGCCCUGGGUGAGUGAGGACAGUAGUUUCUAGGAAGCGAGAGAAACAAGACACUCCCUCUUCUCCAUGGUGGCCGCCAACUAGCCCUGAUUUGAGGACACAGUCAUUUAUACAAGCCAAAGUUAGGUUUUUAAGUGGUCAAGUCAAAGCCUUUUUCUAAAAUAAAGUAUGAAACGUCGUAA